UGUGUGUCUAAUGUGUCGCCAUUUGUUUGACACUAUUGUUGUUAUCAUUUAAUAGUAGUGUUUAGUAGUGUUGUUGUUGUUGUUGUCGUCAAUCAAUUACCGCAUGUAUUGAAACUAAAUUAAUAAUUAAUUAAUUAAAAAAAAAGACAGUCAGCUAUGGCUUAACCGGUUGUAUCGCCGUCGGCACAGCGGACACACAGUUAUCCGACACAGUUAUACAAUUAAAAAAAAACUAACGGCCGGUCAGCAGACACAGGCGUUGAAUUUGAAGACCCGUACCAUCGCUUUGAUUGUUGUUGAGGACAGACAUGACUGACGCCGGCUUUUUUCGGGGCACGAGCGCCGAACAGGACAACCGAUUUGCCGACAAACACAAGAAACUAUUGAAACAAUUGAAGUUCAAUGACUCGCUGGUCAAUAAAGUGGACAUCAAGAAAGUCAAUCUGGAUGUUAUGCGUCCAUGGAUUCACCAACGAAUAGCACAGUUGCUGGAAAUGGAGGACGAAGUUGUGGUCGAAUAUGUUGUCAAUCAACUACAGGCCGAUCGGUUUCCCGACGGCAAGAUGAUGCAAAUUAAUUUGACCGGUUUUUUGAACGGCAAAAAGGCCCGCGAAUUUAUGGGCGAACUCUGGCAUCUGUUGAUGAGCGCACAGACCGCUGGCGACGGUAUACCCGUCGAGUUUGUCAACCAAAAGAAAGAGGAGAUCCAGAAACGAGAGGCCGAAAAAUUGAAAAAUAUGACCGAAAACGAUAAAGAAAAAAAUGGUAAAUCGGAUGAACGAUCGCAACGGCGACGCAGUCGCAGCCGAAGUCCGGCUCAGCGCCGAAGGUCACGAUCGCCGCCACCUCCGCGCAAACGAUCGCGUUCGCCGCCUCAGCGCAAGCGGUCACGAUCGCCGCCACCGCAACGCAAACGUUCGCGUUCACCGCCAGCACAGCGCAAACGUUCGCUGUCGCCGCGAAAGCCGAGAUCAAUAUCGCCGCGCAAACGAUCACAAUCGCCAGCGCACAGGCGGUCACCGAUUUCGCGUAGUAGUCGUCGAUCGAAGAGUCGUUCGCCGAAAAAUAGUAGUCGUAGUCCUCCGCGUCGCGACGAUUCUGUUUCUUCACACUCACCGUCGCCGCCACUCAAGUUGCGACCGGAUCCCGAAGAUAAUCGAUCAAAACAACAGCAACAACAGCCACCAAACAAUAACAAAUCGGCGGCAAACGAUACCAAUCGAAGCGAUUCGGAUCGGCGAUCAUCGAAAUCAGGUUCGCGAUCGCCAUCCAAAUCGACUUCGCGAUCCGGUUCGCGGUCGCCAUCCAAGUCUAGAUCGAAGUCACGUUCGGUGUCACCUAAGCGGCAGCGGUCAGCGUCGCCUAAUCGGCGACCGCAACAGCGAUCUCCACCAGCGAGAAAACGGUCGCCAUCACCGCGCAGACGAUCGAUAAGUCCUCGACGCCGAUCAGGUUCGCCGCGUAGUAGGCGUUCAAUAAGUCCCAGACGACGGCCAUCAACAUCGCCCCGUCGAAGACGCUCAAGAAGUCGCGAUUUACGGCGACGAAGUCCGUCGCGCAGUCGUUCACGCAGUCCGCGUGGCUAUCGAUACCGGUCGCCGCCGUCAAGACGCGGCGGUUUUCGACGAUCGUCACCGCGACGAGGUUUCGGCUUUCGUAGCUACAAUGAUAACCGAUUUCGUUCGUCGCCACCGCGCAAUCGCCGCCGAUCACCAUUCUCGCCGCGCAGACGACCACCGUCUCGGUCACCACCGCGGCGUCGACAACAACAACAACACUCGCCAUCCAUAUCACCCAAACAACAACGUCACUCGCCAUCGCCAUCACCUGCACGUCGUUCUAGACGUUCACCCGUACAGCAGCAGCGUUCUCCUCCUAGACAUUCCCGACGAUCAUCGCCGCCUCCGCCACCACCACAACAACAACAGCAAGCAUUACAGCCACCAAAACGAGAGGCCUCGACAACACUACCAGCAGUAGUCGUCAAGAAUGAGAUGCCAUCCGACUCGGAGUCAGCGAAGUCACGAUCGGCGAGUCCAGCGCUGCCGAAACAGUUACCACCGCCGCCUCCGCCCUCACAAUCACUGCCUGCAGUGUCUAAAAAGUCUAGGAGUUCGCCGCCGCCUUCAUCGUCGGCAUCGAAACGAUCAAAAUCGGGUAAAUCGGAGAGUCCUCCGCCCGUUAUACAGAAAAAAUCUAAAUUCGAUGAUUCGGACAGACGAAGUAGUCCAGCGCUGCCUCAACCGCCGCCGACGUCAUCGAAGAAACCAAUUGCCGACAGACCAUCGGAGACCACCACCACUACUACUACUACUACUAGCGUAACACCGAAAAAGUCUUCGUCGUCAUCGAAAUCGUUGACAACGACAUCGGACAAGAAAUCGUCGUCUAUUACGUCGUCGUCGAAGAAAAAGAAACGCAAGAAGAAGGUAACGGAUUCCGACCGAAGUUCGGACGAGUCGAGUGCUGAAGAGGCGCGCAAAAAGAAGAAGAAAAAGAAGAGUAAAAAACAUCAUAAAAAGCAUCACAAGAAACAUAAGAAACACCAUAAGAAAAGUUCAAAACGAACUCAACAGACGUCCAGUUCCGAGUCGGACGAUGACGACGACGAUGAUGAUGGCGGCGGUGAUGAAGUACAUGAACGAAGAGAUCAACGGAAGUCAAAGGAUGAGGACAAUGGCGUCGAUAUGACUGAAUUGGAAAAGCAUUUAAGAGAGAAGGCAUUGAAGUCGACGAAGAAGGCGAAGACAAACGAAUGAUUUCAUUUUUAUUUCGUAUAUUCAUAUAUAUAUAUAUUGGCGGACAAUACGGACGGACGGAUUGACUGUCGGGAAGUGAGAUGAAGAGAGAGAGAGAGAGAGAUGAUAUCAAAUAAAGGUUUUGUCACAACAGUUAAGACUACGGAUGUGAUUGAAUGAGAGACACAUAUAUAUACUAAAAAAAAUAAAUAACUAAAAUAUAUAUAUAAAUUGAAACAAACAAAACAACAAAUUAUAUAUAUUUUUAUUUAUUUAUUAUUAUUAUUAUCAACAAAAAAAAUUUAAAAUAAUUUUAGCGAACAUUUUUAUUUCAACAAAAAAAACAUUGACGGACACACAUACAACUAGAAUUCAAUUAUAUAUAUAGAUAUAUAUCAUUUAAUUUUUUUAAUUAUU